AUGUUGCGGAAAAACAGUGCUGUGUUGCGACCACGGACCCAGUCAAUAGGAAAAAGAUGCGAGACGGUGAAGGUGGUGGUUCGGUGCCGCCCUGUAAACAAGAAAGAGGAAACGAUGAAUCAUGAGAAAAUUGUCGAAGUUGAUACCAGAUUAGGACAGGUGAGCAUCCAGAACCCGAAGACGCCUGGAUCCGUAAUGAAAACAUUUACAUUCGAUGCCGUUUAUGACAUGGCUUCAAAGCAAAAUGACUUGUAUGAUUACUCAUGUAAACCUCUCAUAGACUCUGUGUUGCGUGGUUUCAAUGGGACAAUAUUUGCUUAUGGUCAAACAGGCACUGGUAAAACAUAUACUAUGCAAGGAUUACCAACUGACACUGAGAAGCGUGGAAUCAUACCAAAUUCUUUUCAGCACAUUUUCACACACAUAUCCAGGUCUCAAAAUCAGCAGUACCUGGUUCGGGUGUCGUAUCUGGAGAUCUAUCAGGAGGAAAUAAGGGACCUCCUGUGUAAGGACAAUAAUAAGAAACUGGAACUCAAAGAAAAUCCAGAGACUGGGGUUUAUGUCAAAGAUCUUUCAUCUGUUGUAACCAAAAACAUCAAGGAAAUCGAGCAUGUUAUGAACUUGGGAAACCAGUCCAGGUCAGUUGGAUUUACCAAAAUGAAUGAGCGCAGUUCUCGAUCACAUGCAAUUUUUGUUAUAACAAUUGAAUGUAGUGAUAUGGGUGUUGACGGGGAUGAGCAUAUUCGUGUGGGAAAAUUAAAUAUGGUGGAUCUUGCUGGUAGUGAGCGACAAAGCAAGACAGGGGUUCAAGGGAAGCGUCUGAAAGAGGCCACAAAGAUCAACCUAUCCCUCUCUGCUCUUGGAAAUGUUAUCUCAGCUCUGGUUGAUGGAAAAAGCACCCACAUUCCAUACAGAGAUUCCAAGCUGACACGCCUGUUGCAGGACUCCUUAGGAGGCAACUCUAAAACUGUUAUGGUUGCCACUAUCGGUCCAUGCUCAAACCAUUAUGAGGAGACACUGACCACACUAAGAUAUGCCAACAGAGCCAAGAACAUUAAGAAUAGGCCAAAGAUUAAUGAGGACCCCAAAGACGCUUUGCUUCGAGAAUUCCAAGAGGAGAUAGCCCGUCUAAAGGCUCAGUUAGAGGAACGAGGCAUGCUGGCGAAGGAGAGGAGGAGGCAGAGGAGAAACAGUAUGAGGAUGAAGAGAAGCUUCAGCAGUGGUGAAGUAGAAAUACCCAAAGACGGAGACAUAGGAAUUGUUGAGACUGUGCAGGAAGAGGGCAGUGUAGAGGAAUCCUUGCAGGAACAGGUGGUGCCCAAGAAUACUGACAAUGUCAGCCUGGAAGUUAAAGCCAAGUUAAGUAUGGCAGAGGAGAAGGCAAAAGCACUGGAAGAUUUACUGAAGGAACAACAAGCUAUGGAAAUCAUGAUUGAAAAAUACAAGGCCAUGGAGAGUAAGCUUUUGGUUGGUGGAAAGAACAUCAUUGACCACACUAAUGAGCAACAGAAGACGUUGGAGCUUAGGAAACAAGAGAUCGCUGAACAGAUGAGAAAGGAAAGGGAGAUGCAGCAGCUGAUGUUGGAGCAGGAUGAGGAAACACUAGAGCUGCGAGAGACUUUUUCCACACUACAGCAGGAGGUGGAACUUAAGACCAAGAAGCUGAAGAAGAUGUAUGCCAAACUGCAGUUGGUGAGAGCUGAAAUGGUAGACAUCAUUGAUGAGCAUGUAACAGCCAGACAGGAGCUGGAGCAAACACAGAAUGAGCUCACAAAAGAGAUGAAAUUCAAGAAUCUUAUUAUUGAGAACUUCAUACCUCCAGAGGAAAAGAACAAGAUCAUUAACAGGUUAUACUUUGACAGUGAAGAGGACCAGUGGAAGGUCAUGCCUCUUAUUCCCUCUGAGAAUAACUCUCCCCGCAUAAGGCGCAGACCGUCAUCUGUGGUCGGAUACAAGAGACCAAUCAGCCAGUAUGCGCAAGUUGCUGUGGCAACAGGAGCUCCUCCAAGAUACAGGGCAGAGAAUAUCAUGCUUUUAGAGUUGGACAUGACACCCCCGGCCAUGUUCCCUCUGAAUUUACAUGGAGCAGAGUUGACUUCUCAAGACUUGCUCCGUGACUUUGGUCAUUAUGGGAGGAAAACCACUGCAUCGCGGGUAAUGAAGGCCAGAUCCUGGUACCAAACAUCCCGGCUGCCCUCUUCCUCAUCAACUUGCUCUGUGGGCUCAAGCAGCUCCCACUGCACCCCUGCCCUGGAGGGGGCAUGUGCUGCCAUUCACAAACCAUGA